AUGGGUCCGCGAAUUGUUCGCCACAGUUUCUUCAUGCAAAACUUCCGAUUAGGAUACAAAUUGAAAUUGUUUUGCGAAGCCCACGGAAAUCCCUUACCGGAUCUGCGAUGGUACAAGGAUGGCGUUGAAAUCCCAGGGCGAGGCGAAAUUCGGAUUCGCAAUCAAGUCAGUAACAAUUCGAUCGCUUCUCAUUUGGACAUUGAUCCAGCCCGAAUGCGAGAUGCCGGUGAAUACGAGUGCGUGGCAAACAACACUUACGGAUAUCAUCUUCAACAUAUCCGUGCCCAAAUACGUCUCUAA